CAGGAAGACGUUUGGGUUUGUUGCUAUGGUUACGGAUCACGCUGUUGAGUGGUGCCUGCUGUGUGUUUAUACAGCGCUCUGUUCUUCCUAAUAUUUCAUUGUUUUUUGCAAAUUGGUUAAUUUAAUCAAGACGGAUUAAAGAAAGUCGCUCACCUCUUCAAGAAGCCGUUUCUGUCACAGCGGAGCAGCCAUGCCCCAUUUUAAAAAGCCCCGGAGAGCUGAACCUCUCGUCAAGGAAUGGGACAAAAAGGCACAGAAAUGUGGAUUGAGACACAGCGUCUAUUCGGUCAACGGGGAUCAAUACACCGGCGAGUGGCUGGACAACAUGAAACACGGAAAGGGCACACAGGUGUGGAAGAAGACCGGAGCCAUUUACGACGGGGACUGGAAACGUGGCAAGCGCAGUGGCCAUGGGACUCUGAGCAUGCCCCAUCCCGGCACUGGGGAGUACGUCAAGGUCUAUUCGGGAGCAUGGAAGAACGACAAGAAAGAGGGAUUUGGGACUUACUUUUACAAUGAUUCCUCCUGCUACGAGGGAGAGUGGCUCAGAGACCAGAGGAGUGGUUGGGGCAGAAUGUACUAUGUGAAUGGAGAUAUAUAUGAGGGGGAGUGGCUGGAGGACCAACACAAUGGACAAGGAAUGCUGAGACUUGCAAACGAGAACAGGUAUGAAGGCAGCUGGAAGACUGGGAAGAAGCACGGGCCUGGGAAGUUCUUCUACCUGGACAAGGGCCAGCUGUACGAAGGGGUGUGGGUAGAGGACAUUGCCAAGUGUGGAACCGUGGUCGAUUUUGGGAGAGAAGGAGCCCCGGCUCCAACUAUCUACCCAAUUCCAGAGGUACAUCUGGCAGACCCAGCUGCAGUUUUAAAAGAAGCCCUAUCACAGCUUCCAGUCGAACGGGAGUAAAUUCAGAUUUUACCAGGAUGGCAGACAAAGAGAAAACAAGGGGGAAACAGGCCCUCUCUCACACCUGGCUGCAUUGGCAUCUCUUUGCAAGCAUAACCUGAUUCAUUGCACCCAGUAAAGGUGGUACCAGAUAACAGGGUCAUUAUCUGCAAUCAGUGAAAAUGCAUCAUCCUUCUCUUAUAGGCUGAAGGCCACAGAACAUAUAAUAUUCUAGUAUGCAAAUACAAGUUUUGCAAAAUAGGCUUAGAGGUUUCUGGGAUCUUACCAUUGUAAUCAUGUUAUAUCCUUGUUAAAGUGUUUUUCAGGGGUUUUGUUUUUCUUCCGAAUGAUUUGUACAUAGCCUCAUUCCAUAAGAUUAAAACCUUUUCUUGUAAAGAA